AUUUUUACUGGUUAUUUACCACUUAAUCUAGUAUUUAACAUGCCCCCUCAAACAUCCAUCAUCCAGUCCAUCUACGAUGAACGCAGCCACAACUACGACGCCUCCCACCACGGCGCCCUAGCAGAAGCAUACAUCCGCACCGCCGCCCCCCGCGAAGGCGAGUCUGUUCUUGACCUCGCCUGCGGCACAGGUCUUGUAUCCUUCCUCGCCGAACAAGCAGUUGGCAAAUCUGGCCUGGUCGUUGGAAUCGACAUCAGUCCUGGCAUGCUGGACGUGGCGCGUCACAAAGCCCAGCAGACCGGUUCGGAGGUCACUUUUCUCCAACAUGAUAUCUCUGAUUUAUCGGGUAUUGGGUUGGAGAGUCUUCUUCUGCGCGGAGAGGAGGGCUUCGAUCUGAUUACUUGUGCUGCGGCGUUGGUGUUGCUGCCUGAUCCUGGCAGGGCAGUUAGGGGUUGGAUGCGGUGGUUGAAACCUGGUGGGAGGAUCGUGACGGAUGUGGCGGCGAGGGAUGUUCAUGUUGUUAGUAGAAUUUUCAAAAAGAUUAGUGGUGAUUUGGGGGUGCAGCUUGUGUGGGAUGAGAGUUGGGUACAGGGGGAAUGGUCUUUGAGGGAGCUUCUGGAGGGCGCUGGGUUGGUUGUCAAGACAGUUUUCUUGACGGAGUCGUUUCAGGAUCGUGUUUAUCAUGUUGCUGAUGCGGAGGAUGUUUUUGAGAAGGCUGUUUCUAGUCCCAUGUUUCGAAAUUUUGGUGAUUUGAGGGUUAGGAGUGAGGCAAAGAGGUUGUUUGUCGAGAGGUUUGUUGUAGAAGCGGGUGCGAAGGGGGUGUUGGUCGAUGAGGCGAAGAUGUAUAUGGCUGUCGCGUAUAGGUCGUAG